AGGAGGUCCCUCCAACACCCCCACGGAUGUCGUGGUGGGGUUUCGGAGCCGCCUCGGAGAUGGUUCCGUACGGCGGAGCCAGCUAAUGGCCCCCGCGAGGACACCGGGUCGCAUGCCACCCGCCAGCCCUCCGACUGCCUCCACCGCCACCGCCACCACCGCCGCUGCUGUCGCUGUCGGCGCAUUUCCGCCCGCCAGCAGCACCCCUGGCGCCGCCAGCAGAUCUGUAGACGCUGCCUCCGCCGGUGACGGCGCGAUUCCUCCUCCUCCUCCCAGCAGCACCCCUGCCGCCAAUGAGGUUGCCGAGCCGAGUGAUGAUCGUACGGCGCCUGGCUCGCCGCCGCCGCAACCGCAACAACCGUCACCGCAACCGCAAGUACAACGACCACAACAACUGCCGCCUAAUCGCUUUGAGGACAGCCGCCCUAGAGGGACCGAGGGCGAAGCGGCGGCGGCAUGUGUGGCGGAUGCGGGUCUACCCACUCUUCCCACUGCGGUGAGGUCAACGUCGGCCUUCCCGCCGCCACCGCCACCGCCGCCACCGCCGGCGACCAUUAACACCGCCGGCGGCACUGCUCCGACGUCAUUUGCUGCGGCUGGAGAAGCAGCUGCCGCUGCUGGUCGUGCUGCGGCUGCGGAGGAGGAGCACGUGGAUGCGGUUGCAGCUGCCGCCGCGGAACCUGACACGACGCCUGCGGCAGCGGAGGCAGCGCCGGCAGCGGAAGACGCGGAGACGGCGGAGGCCGACGUAACGGCUGCGGUGCCCUCAGCGGCAGUGGCAGAGGAUUCUAGGGCGGCAGCAGCCUUACAUGACGAGCGGCUGCGGGAACGGUGUCAGGAGACCCGUGGGUCGCUGCGGUUGCUUCUGGCGGAGGCGGGGAGGCUGCCGGAGGUGGCGAGGGCUGAGUUCCGCUUCAAACGGCGGCGGGAGGAGUAUCGGGAGGCACGGAUCAAGCAGCGGCUGCUUGAGGCGCAACGGCACCGGUCAGCAGCAGCCGAGGCAGCGGACGAGGGGUUGCGACCCAGCGUCCCAUGGGUCACUCCUCCCUUGGAUGUGCUGCUGCCUGCGGGCGACAUCCUCCCUGCCGCUGGCGAGGAGUCCACGGAGCGGGAAGAGCAGGAGCGAGCGAGGCGGGUGGUGCCCAAGGUACGGCACGACGGCUCUGUUGGAACGAGCAGGGUCCGCUAUGCCCGCUCGGAUCUGGUGCCGCACUCCCCCGCCGAGCCGCCCGAAGAGGAGGUGGAGGGGCAGCAGCAGCAACCGCAUAUCGCGGGUCAGCAACAACAGCAGCAGGACCAGUCGCAGCAGCCGAGUGGGUACCUGCAGCGCUCGCCUGCACCAUCCGCAUUACCUUUUUCUUCUUCUGCUGCUGCUGCUCCUUCUCCUCCUCCUGGUGCUGCUGCGGGCGGCACUCCGUCCAUCCCCUGGGUUCCCUCGUUGGACGCGGAGGACGGGGCGCUGGACUGGUGGCGUCAGAACCUGGCGGCCUGGGAGGCGGGUGUGAGGUUGCCGGACUACGCGCUGCCCCCCGCGGUGCUCCACCGCCACCUGGGGCUGCCCCCCGCCCUCCUGCCGCCGCAGUACGACAUCACGGCAGCAGCAGCGGCCAAGAGGACAGAGGCUUCCCAGCCGCCCCCGGCGCCACCGUCACGGGCAUCUUGGCAGCAGCAACAGCAGCCGCAGCUGCAACAGCAAGAGCAGCAACAGCAGUCGUUACAGGAGCAGCAGCUGCAGGCAAUGAAGGCGGCACCGGCUCCACCACCUUCACCGGCACCAUGGGAGCAACAGCAGCAGCGGCCAUCAAACCAGCCGACAACAGCAACAGCACCGCCUCGACAACGACAACAGCAGCAGCAAAAUCCUCCGCCUACAGGAGCCCCCGUUGCUGCCACAGCAGCGGCAGCAGCGGCAGCCCCGCAUCGGCAGCCCAGGCCUCCCUCACCGCCGCCGCCUCCGCAGCAAGAGCUCCCUACUCCGCAGCCAUCUCCUUCGCACCACCACCACCACCACCACCACCACUAUCAUCACAACAUGCAGGCCGCAAUGCCGCCAUCGUCCCUACAUCCGCAUCCUUCGCACCCUGCACCGCCGCCGCCGCCGUACCAACGACCCAAGAACGCCGUGACCUGCUGCCAACUGGCUAGCACCGGUACCCUCCUGCAGCCAGCCCCGGCCUCGGCUGAUGACCCGCCCGGGCCUCCUGCGGCGGACUCGGACUACUACUACCAUCAACCAACCCCCGCAUUCCAACAACAACAACCGCAGCAGCAACAACAACCGUUGCCGUUGCCGUACAACAUGCAAGAACCCAUGUCGUAUACUCCGGAUUUGCCCCCACAGCCUCCGGCUGUAGCACCUUCAUUCGCGUCGGAAAGCGGCGUUGUCACCGGAACGUAUAACCACGAUAGGAACUUCCAGUUGCCGCAAAUGCCCCCGCAACCCCAGGCGUACGGAAAUGCCGAGCCCUUCCCGCCUCCUCAGACACGUAACUGGCCCGUGCAAACUUUACAACAGAACAACCAGCAGCAGCAAAGCCAACAACACCAGCAGCAGGAGUAUCAAAUGUCCCAAGUCUCUCACACCUUGCAAGCAACGGAGGUCCCGCAACCCCCUGUUGAAGCACCGCAUGGCGCAGUCAUGUGGCCCCCGCCGGCUCCUGACCCGCCACAAACCCCCUCUCUGUUGCUCCCGGCCUCGCUGCCCCCGUAUCCUCCGCCACCGGUGCAGCAGGGACCCCCGCAGCUGCAGCACCUGCAGCAUCCAACCCCGCAACAGCCCCAGCCUUGUGCUUGCUUGUCUGGCUCCCAGCCUUGCAGCUACCAUCACCCACCUCACUACCACCCGCCUCAUCGCCACCACGAGCAGCAGCAACAAGGGCAGCAGCAGCAGGGGCUGCAGCAGCAAGGACAGCCGUACAUCGGUGACCAGGGCGUGCCCAACGGCGUGGAACAAGCACCCGCGGAGUUCGGUCAGGGGCAGGAGCCGCAUCGGCAACGGCAGCAGUCAUACUAUUAUCCGCACCCGCAACAAUACAGCGGCGUGCCUUCUUGUCCGCCGGCGGCCGAACAGCAGCAGCCGUACGGCUACGAUGAGUACGGCAACCCAGCGCAACAGCCGCAGCCGUACAACAUGCAGCAGCCAACUCACCACCAACAGCCACAGCCACCGUACGACAACGGCACCAACGGCUACUACCCGUACCAACAGCAGCAGCAACCGCCUACACACCAGCAGCAGCAAACGUAUCCUCAGCAAGUGCAACAGCAGCAGCAACCUCAAUUUGAGAGUGAACCGCAACAGUGGCUGUCCGGGGUACGAGAGGAGGCCAUUCAACCGACGCCACCUUGGCGUGUCCCGCAGGAAAGCGGUCAGCAACAUCAGUAUUGUUACAGUCACAAUAACGGCCAUAACUGUUCAGCACCACAACAGCAUGCGCCACAGACCCUUGGACCAUGGCAGCCGGCGCUGCAGCAGGGGAUGCAACAACAGCAGCAUGACCACAGUCAUCAGACUUUAGGCUGUCCGCAGCAGUCCUGGGCCUAAUAAGGGACGUGAUGAGGAUGGGAGAGCUGGUUUGUUUGGCGCCAGGGCUUUUCUCUUCAAUAGGAUGUGGCGGGGGGGAUGAAGUGUGGAGAUGUGUUGGGGUAAUGAACGAGGAGAGGUGCUUAUGACGUCAUAAGGAAACUGACGAUGUAUUAUUUGCUUUACCGGUAUUCCCGACACCCCUUGCUGGGAAUUGCCUUGAACAUGUACAGCAAAGCGAGCCAUCAAUGCAGACAUGGCAAGGUGUACGAUGUGUUCGUUUCAAAGAGGGGUAAGGUGCACGUCACCUUGUAUUUAUCGUUACGCGGACCGGGCGAAGGUGCCUGGGUAGGCUGCAUGGGGUACCGCUAACCGGAAGAACCUGUUUUGAUGGAUUGUGGUAUAGGACUGAGAUCUCCAGAAGCCCACACGCCAGAUGUCUUAUAGGGCCAGGGAUGGGGCGUUGUAAAUGGAGACUACGGUGAGUGCCCUGCUUGUGUCUGUACCUUGUCUAAUUGAUU